GCCAUGUCGCACAAAGGCCACUCAAUUGUCACAAUAGAGUCUCUGGACUCAGGCUUUGAGCCACGCACAUAUAAGCAGACAUCCCCAUUAGAUUAUUUCACUGACACACUGUUGCUUGUGAGACCAUACUUCAGGGUGGCCAAUCGUAGACUGCCGCAUAGAGUCCUGUCAUCCAUGGCACCCCCUUUGUUUUUCCCAGAGUUCAGACGCGUCUACUCUGACCUGAAAGGCCCACUGUUGAUCAUGGUGUCCUUGGCCUCCAUUCUUCUUUAUGGCCUCUACAGCCCUGAGCGGACACUGAUGUGGGACAUAGCAGCAACAGCAAAGCUAACUGUGGGAUAUUGGCUGGGUCUGUCUGUAUUAGCCUUCUUCCUGGGAUACUUUUGCCAGACAAACCUUACGCUACCACAGUUCCUCUCCAUCACGGGUUACAGCCUCACUGGCCACUGCCUUGUGCUGCUCAUUGCUGAGGUGCUGCACCAGGAGGAGAACCAUGGAGUUUUCUUCUUUCUUACAACAGUUUUUGGGGGGCUUGCCACAGGGAGGCUCGUCAUUAUCAUCCUGGCUAGAACGCCUGGGCCUGCACAGCGUCUUGUGAUGUGCUCUGUGCUGGCCUGUGUCAAUCUCAUGCAUCUUAUCUACAUCCACUUUGCUUGCAUGAGGAACAAGUUUCAAAUUUGAACAUACAUACAGUUUGAUUUGAUUUUUUUUUUUUUCCACUCACAAAUGGUUAACAGAUUUUAAAUGAACUCUGUUUCUUGAUUUUAAUUAAUGCAAGAAAACCUUUGUUGAUCUUGUUAUUUGUAUAAAGGACGACUGAACAUUAAACAAACACUUUGAUGUAGUUCUGUCAGGAAAGGACUUUGUAAAUAUAUGGAAAGUAAUAAAAAGAAACAAUUCUU